GCGCUCUACCAAGGCGGGCACGCGCAACGCUGUGCUACGACGAUCCGUGCCGCUAUAUAUACAGCAUCGAUUUGACCAAACCACCACUGCCCGCAACGUGCUGCAGCCAUGGCCCUGUUGGAAGAAGGAUUCCGGUACCUGUCCUCCCUCGCCGACCCCCGGGUCCAGGGAUGGCCGAUGGUCGACAGCCCCGUCACCGUGGUCAGCAUCGUGGUUGUGUACGUCUCGUUCGUGACCACGGUGGGCCCGCACUGGAUGCGUGACCGCAAGCCCUACAGCCUCAAGCCCUUGAUUAUGGCGUACAACCUGGCCAACGUCUUGGCUAGCGCCUACUUCGCCGUCCAGUUCUUCCGGCACACUUACUUAGGGGGCGGCUACAGCUGGGCCUGCCAGCCGGUGGACUACUCUGACAACCCCAAUGCUGUGGCCCUCACAAACCUCGUCUGGUGGUACAUGAUGCUCAAGAUCGCUGACCUGCUGGACACCGUCUUCUUUGUGCUCACCAAGAAGCAGAGCCACGUGACUGUCUUGCACGUUGCGCAUCAUGCCAUGGUUGUGUGCACCGUGUGGCUCGUGCUCAAGUACGCCUGCGGCGGGAACAACAUGAUGACGGCGGCCGUCAACAGCUGUGUGCACGUCGUCAUGUACGGCUACUACUUUCUCUCCCUCCUGGGUCCCUCGGUGCAGAAGUACCUGUGGUGGAAGCGUUACAUCACCCAGAUACAGCUCAUCCAGUUCGUCGGUCUCGUGGCGCAUGCCAUCAUGCCCCUGUUCGUGCGAUGUGGCUUCCCCGUCUUCUUCAGCUGGCUGUGCAUCAGCGAGUGCGUUUUCUUUUUCCUCAUGUUCUUCCGGUUCUACCGAAAUAGCUACAAGAAGCUAGUCAAGGACUGUUAGUGCCCCAGUCACCAUAUACUAGAAUCACUUCAGCAGGGACCAUUGCCAAUCGGACGAUGCAGUCGACUGUCUUUCCCGCGAUGUUCGAGGGACCGUGCAAUCUGCGAGCAUCGCGGCGACAACCGCUCGACGUACUUUCUUGGCCGUCUUGAGCGUUUCAUCGGACAAAUCAAGGUUUCUAGUGCGUUCGCGAAUAUACCUGACUUUCACUGGUGUCGCAGCUGGCGACGCUCGCGCAGCUAUGCACAACACUUAUCCACGGAGGACAGCGAAUGCGGAAAGUUGACGAGAGAUCCGAGCUCUUCUGACAGCUGUACGCAGUACAGGCAUCAUCAACAUCGAUGGGAUCGUUCAUCGUCGCAUCGAAGGUUGCAACGUGUAUGCACAUACUCCCGGACUUCUUAUGUAUACUACGACUACAAUCCGCAAGAUAAGCGUGGCAGGCGGUGAAAGCAAGAGGCGGCGGCUGAGGCGCGCGUAUUGCACAUACGACGUGCCAGGCGAAAGAAGCGUCGACGAGUUUUUUUUUUCUUUCCUAUUUUCGCUUGUCAAUUUUUUGCUCUCUCUUUUUUUUUCGUUUACGCGAUCCGCGUUCCCAUUUCGGUCUCGCUUCGAAGACGGCCUCCCGUUGUUAGCUUUCAUUGCCACUGUCGUCGCUUCGUCGGCCCAGACAGGCAGGAUUGUGCUCGCGCGCACUUUCCGUACGCUCCCUCCUUUCCUCCAGGCGCUUUGUGCCAAUACGUUCUCUCGUCAUAGGCGCCAUUUGCGUAAAGGUCAAGCUGUCCUUAUGCCGCGUGCAGCAGUUAGUUGACUCACGGUUGCCAGAGAGAAAAAAAGAAUAGUCUCCGGAAGACACAGUCUCUAAGACACGGUGAACGUGCAGGGGAUCCAUUGAAUGCGGUCGUGAGCGAGACCCUGUCUACUGUGGGGAGAUCGGUAUCGGCGCCUGUAAGGAGAAAAGGUCGAGCGGUCACAGACCAUUCUCUUCUGUUCGCAAGUCUAUCUUCCGUUCUCGAAAACAAUGCGAGGUCGAGCAGCGGUAUUUAAAUGACGUCUCGUAUCCGUCCUAUUCGGGAAAACCACGGAGAGCCAUAUCAAGGAACGACAUUUCCUGGUGUUUUCACAAUGGAAAUCAAUUACCUUUCCGCCCUGGUCCACCGUCUAAGUUCAAAUACUAGUCCUCAGGGCAAAAACGACGGAAUAGUGACGAUAAAUUGCAGGUCGGUGAUGGUCAGUUAAGUGAAGCGUGUGAAUUGGGCAUGCUGAGCUAAAGUUAGCUCAACGAUGAAACGAAUCCCGUAAAACAGCGACGAAAGAAAUUUUCUUUUGAAUCGAGCAGCUCAUGGAUAGAUCACGCGCACUUUCUUAAAGAUAACCAGCACUUCCAACUUUAGAGCCUUAUGACGAAGAAAGCUUCAAAGGAUGUAGCAAGCCGUCUUUCCUCCAAGACUGAAUUGAGCAGUAUGAUGAGAGAGCCGCUUUCGUCUGGUCACGUCGUGCUCACGCGCUGAGCCGUGCCCUGAAUAUGCCGCCCACGCUCCAUGUGAUAUUUUUUGCCCAGGGUCGUCGACCUCAACGUGUACGGACGUACCUUGAAUGCUCACUUUGAGCUGCUCUGCAUACGAAUGUUUGUAUUUUUAAUCGCCACUUGUAUCUUUAGAUACGUCACUGGAGUCUCUAGCGAAGCCCGUUUCGAAGCAUUGACCGGGACUCGCAUGAGAUACUCGUUCCAUCACGGAUCAAAAGUUUGAGCGUAUUGAGGACUCGCCACGCAUGCUGUUAUGUCUUGUGGUUGUAGCAGACGACUUCAAUCCAGAAGCGAGUUUGUCAAUUCCCACGCCUUCUCGCUCUCAUCGAACGUUUUUAUUCCUAUACCUAUUUAUUUUCGCUAUUAACCUUGCUCCUCUAUCAUUUGUACAUAAAGCGUAUCUGACUUUCUGUUUCGCUGUUGAAUGUAUAUUGAAGUAUGAAAGAAUGGAAAUACCUUUUUUUUUCUUUUUUAUCAUGAAACAUAUCACCAUGACGAAUUAAAGAAACGUUGAAGAUACAGA